AGUUCUUUCAUAGGACGAUGUGAACUUGCCGAAAGCAACAGUACGCAACACCGUCUGAGUCCGGGAUAAACCCAGAAAUAGGUGCCCAAUACGAUGGGUUCUAUCCUUAUUAUCGUCGUCCUUAUAGGAUUUCUCGAAUUCAUGGCGAACACGACAACAUGCGAUGCUAAGCUGAGGGCGAAGAGUUCAAAUUACUACCUCACAUGCCUCACGGAUGAUGUCUUGGUAGAAUGCAAGAACGCGUAUAAUACGUAUUGCAUGAGUACGGGGUCAUUAGCGACGGAUAGUUUCCGCAAUUGUGGUGGGAUACGGUGCCAAUGUAUGAACUACCGGGAUAAAUACUCGGGUGUGAACUCGAUUCCAGACAUGAGUCUACUCGGCCUCCAGGCUAUGCUUCUCGAGGGUGGAUACGAAUCUGAGAUAUUGGAGGAGUUGGAGUGAGUUGCCAUGGUUCUUAGACGAGUCGUACCGUAGCUCGAUUUAAUAUCAUGGCUGUUAGGCGCUGCAGCAGUCUAACAUCUGCAAUCUUCGAACUCGUACUCGAGCUAGCUCUAUAGUAAACAUUAGCGGAUUCACUUGACGCCCUGGAGUUAAGGCUGAUUGACGAAGCGCAGAAUGGGAU